AUGAAGGCGGCCGAGAGCGAGGGCCCGGAUGCGCACUUCGCGGUGGACAAGCAGAGCAUCUCCCUGAGGCCCCGAGAGCCUCCUCCCGACACAGGCCCGUGUCCCGUCCCGAGGAAGCCGUUGGUGGUCCAGGCCGCGGCUGUCGUCCUCCUGCUGGGCCUGAGCGCGUCCGUCCUGCUGCAGGCCGCUCUCUAUGACAUUCUGCAGAUGGUUUCCCAAGGCUGGAAGUACUUCAGGGGGAACUUCUACUACUUUUCUCAAGUCUCAAAGACCUGGUACAGUGCCCAGCAGUUCUGUAUGUCCAGGGAUUCACAGCUGACCUCAGUGACCUCAGAGAGUGAACAGGAGUUCCUGUACAGGACGGCAGGUGGACUUUCCUACUGGAUCGGCCUGACCAAAGCUGGGAGCGAGGGGGACUGGUCCUGGGUAGAUGAUACCCCAUUUGACAAGGUCCAGAGUGCACAGUUCUGGAUUCCAGGUGAGCCCAACAAUGAACACUGUGCUGAUAUAAAGGUGUCCUCGCUUCAGUCAUGGAAUGACGUCUCCUGUGACAGCACGCUCUUCUUCAUCUGUAAACGGCCCUACAGCCCAUCAGAACCAUGA